UAUUGCGUUAGAAGGUAUUUAAAACAGAAACUUGGGAGAGUCAUGAAGAAAAGAGUUAUCAUAAAGAAGCUAUUUUCAGAAUAACUGUGUGCGUAUAUGUUGUACCUGUGAUCCCAAUCCCAAGCAUUUAGACUUUGCCUGCCAAAAAGUAACCUUUGUAUUUUAUGUCUUCGCACAAUGAGCGAUGUUGAUUUUGUUGUGAAAAAAGUUGGCCUCAAGUCAACCAAAUCCAUUGAUAAUGAUGCAGCCACGACUGCCGAAACACGAUACAGUUUCACAGGGCGAAUGCUGGAGCUGAUCGAGGCAUAUAAUGCAACGAUGCAAUUGCUGGUGCCAAGGUGGCCAUGGUUCUUCUACCCUGGCUAUUUGAUUUAUGCUGUAUAUUGGCGCUAUGCCAAAUACUACAGGGGCAAGUUUUUGCUUACCCCAAUGCCCAAUCAGCUCUACGAGCUGCUGAUCAAGAACGAGCUGAUCAAAUCGGAGCACAUCAUCUUUGCCAGCAAAGAUAUUUACGAUGCUUACGCUGAAUCGACUGAUGUGAACUUUGUCAAUUUGAUUGUGCGUGGAGCGUGGAGCAGGACCAAUCCUAAAAGUAGCUCCGUUCGCAGCUGGGAUAGCUCCGAAGUGGUCAAGCAAAUCCUACAGGAUGCGCCAUAUACAAUCGUAGCACAAAUAUUGCCUAUAGAAAAUGCAGAAUGCCAGGCCAAUUGCCUGUAUAUAAAGGAAAACUUUUAUGGCAACCUUAUGGAGCGCAUCGGCAACAGCAAGAAGCACAACAACUGCUGGGUACAGCUCGAUUCCUUUAACGAUGAACAGGCAGUACCAACAAUUGCCACCAAAGCCCAAGUCUAUCUGCUCAACAAUCCACAUGAGCUGCCAGUUGAAGUUUCAGAGCUGAUAUUAACCAACUAUUUCAAUACGCCACGCAUGCUGCAUCGUGGCCACAUCUAUCGCAUCGAAGUGAAUGCCCAAUUGGUGGGCACAGCUGCCUUUGCCCAUUAUUAUUUAAUAUUCGCUUAUUUGCGUGAAGUCUACUUCCGUUGUGUUCACCUGGAGACGAAAGGCAGCGACUUCGAGCUGCAGGCAGUCGUUGCUAAGAACUUCAGCAAUUUGGUGCAAGUGCCACAUGUGCACAGCUUCUUGCCGCGUCAAAGUCUGGAUAGCUUCGCCAUAGCUCACAAUUAUCCGAGUGGCUUGCGUAAGCCCUAUCAGAUGCUGCGCUCUUCGGUGGAUGCAUUUUUGCCAAAGCGCUCUGCGUGCCUAUCAUCGAAACACAUCUUUCCGGUCUUCCUGCUGCAGGGCGAUCGCGGCUCUGGCAAGACGAAGCUCAUCACUGCCGUUGCUCAGGAACUGGGCAUGCAUCUAUAUGGAGCAGACUGUGCUGAAAUUGUGUCACAAGUUCCAUCGCACACAGAGAUGAAGCUCAAGGCGGUGUUUGCUAAGAGUCAGGUCAGCGAGCCGCUGAUCAUCUGCUUCCACAACUUUGAGAUCUUUGGCAUUGACAACGAAGGCAAUGAGGAUCUUCGCUUACUGUCCGCCUUUCAUGUCCAGAUCCAAGAGUUGUUUACACGCGACCGCAAAUACCCUGUCGUUGUUGUUGCCUUGACCAGUGACAGACAUCUUAAGCCGAUGAUACAGAGCCUUUUCCUGGAGAUAAUCAAUAUUGAAGCACCCAAUCAAGCGGAGCGUUUCGAGCUGUUGAAGUGGAUGCACGUGCGAGAAUCAUUCAACGAUGCCAUUUACAACCAAAAGGCCUUGGCUAAGCUGCCGCUCUACCCACUCAACAUGCAAUCCCAAUACUUGAGCAGACUGUGCCCCCAAUGGCGAGUUAUAAAGAAUGUAUUGGAUGAAGUUGCGGCCAAGUCGCAGGGAUUUAUGUUGGGUGAUCUGCAGCUGCUUUACGAUAAUGCCGUUCGGCUUAAACGUCGGCAGUCAUCAAGCAGACAAGCACCUCUGACGCUAGAUCACUUCUCUAAAAAUCUUAACGAGAUGCAGAGUUCGUUUGCUGACAGUUUGGGCGCACCGAAGGUGCCUAAGGUAUACUGGUCCGAUAUUGGAGGUCUAUAUAAGCUGAAGGAUGAGAUUCAAAGCAGCAUUGGACUGCCGCUGAAGCACGUUCAUCUAAUGGGCAAAAACUUACGGCGCUCUGGCAUACUGCUUUAUGGGCCACCAGGCACUGGCAAGACUUUGGUCGCCAAGGCGGUGGCCACCGAAUGCAAUCUGAGUUUUCUCUCUGUUCAGGGUCCCGAGCUGCUCAACAUGUACGUGGGUCAAAGCGAGCAGAAUGUGCGCGAGGUAUUCACGCGGGCGCGUUCCGCUGCACCCUGUGUCCUGUUUUUGGAUGAACUGGACUCGUUGGCGCCAAAUCGCGGCGUAGCUGGCGACUCGGGCGGCGUGAUGGAUCGCGUUGUAUCCCAACUAUUGGCCGAGAUGGACGGCAUGUCCAGUGGCGAUGCGACAAAGCCCAUUUUUAUACUCGCUGCCACAAAUCGUCCAGAUCUAAUUGAUCCCGCGCUACUUCGACCCGGACGCUUCGAUAAACUCUUCUAUGUCGGCCCGUGCUCUACGCCCGAUGACAAGGCAGCUGUUCUGCGCGCACAAACACAACGAUUCAAGCUGUCGGACAACGUGGACUUGACCAAGAUUGCCGAGAGUCUGAAGAGUGAAAUGAGCGGCGCAGAUCUCUACUCCAUUUGCUCCAACGCAUGGCUAUCGGCAGUUAGACGCAUCAUUGGCAAACAUUUGAGUUGCGGCCUCUCGGCCAAGGAGUUGAAUGCUGAACACAUUAUCGUCGAGUCGGAGGACUUUACGACGUCCUUCGACAAGUUUGUGCCUUCAAUUAGCCAAAGUGAUUUAGAAUAUUUCAGGAACCUGAAGGAAACAUAUAGUGUUUGA